AACGGUGCGGGUAGCUCGGUGCUCGACUGCGCGGGCCUGGCGGCGAGGCCGCCCGCGGCUGGUUCUGCCUGGCGACUCCCGGCGUGCGCCGCGCUUGUUGCAGUGUCACGGCCGGCCCGGCGCGCCCGGCCAUGAAGCAGGAGGGAGCCUCCCGCCGCCGCGGCGACAAGGCCAAGGCCCCCCCCGAGGGGCCGCCGCCGGCACCUCCCGACGUGGAGAUGCAGGAGGAAGCGGCCGCCACCACGGCGUCAACGGCGGCGGCCGAAACGGCUGGGGAAAAGCAGCCGCAGCGAGAGCUUGACGCCAUCACGUUGGAGGACAUCAAGGAGCAUGUGAAGCAGCUGGAGAAGGCAGUGUCCGGGAAGGAGCCUCGCUACGUGCUGCGUGCCCUGCGGGCGCUGCCCUCCACCUCCCGCCGCCUCAACUCCAACGUGCUGCACAAAGCCAUCAGCGGCUUCUUCACCGCCAACAGCGCCCUCAGGGACUUCCUCCUGGCCUUCCUGGAGGAGUCCAUGGACACAGAAGCUGAGCUGCAGUUUCGCCCGCGGACAGGGAAGGCAGCCUCAGCCCCUCUGCUGCCAGAGGUAGAGACCUACCUGCAGCUGCUCCUUGUCAUCUACCUGAUGAACAGCAAACGAUACCCCGAGGCUCAGAAGGUAUCUGAUGAUCUGAUGCAGAAGAUCAGCUCCCAGAACCGCCGGGCCCUGGACCUGGUGGUGGCAAAGUGUUACUACUACCACUCCCGCAUCUACGAGUUCCUCAACAAACUCGAUGUGGUCAGGAGCUUCCUUCACGCCCGGCUCCGCACGGCCACGCUGCGGCACGACGCGGACGGGCAGGCCACGCUGCUCAACCUGCUGCUGAGGAACUACCUCCACUACAACCUCUACGACCAGGCAGAGAAAUUGGUCUCCAAAUCUGUGUUCCCUGAGCAGGCCAACAACAACGAGUGGGCUCGGUACCUCUACUACACAGGGCGCAUCAAGGCCAUCCAGCUGGAGUACUCGGAGGCUCGCAGGACCAUGACCAAUGCCCUGCGCAAGGCUCCGCAGCACACGGCCGUGGGCUUCAAGCAGACGGUGCACAAGCUGCUGAUCGUGGUGGAGCUGCUGCUGGGGGAGAUCCCGGACAGGCUGCAGUUCCGGCAGCCCUCGCUCAAGCGGUCGCUGAUGCCCUACUUCCUCCUGACCCAGGCUGUCAGGACUGGCAACCUGGCCAAGUUCAACCAAGUCCUCGACCAGUUUGGGGACAAGUUCCAGGCCGACGGCACCUACACCCUGAUCAUCCGCCUGAGGCACAACGUCAUCAAGACAGGGGUCCGCAUGAUCAGCCUCUCCUACUCCCGCAUCUCCCUGGCCGACAUCGCCCAGAAGCUGCAGCUGGACAGCCCAGAGGAUGCAGAGUUCAUCGUGGCCAAGGCCAUUCGGGAUGGUGUGAUUGAGGCCAGCAUCAACCAUGAGAAGGGCUACGUCCAGUCCAAGGAGAUGAUUGACAUCUACUCGACGCGGGAGCCGCAGCUGGCGUUCCACCAGCGCAUCUCCUUCUGCCUCGACAUCCACAACAUGUCUGUCAAGGCCAUGAGGUUCCCACCCAAAUCUUACAACAAGGACUUGGAGUCCGCAGAGGAGCGCCGGGAGCGCGAGCAGCAGGACCUGGAGUUCGCCAAGGAGAUGGCUGAGGAUGAUGAUGAUGGCUUCCCCUGACCUCCUGCCCUGCCUCCACCUUUUUUAUUUGUCCUGAGGGAAGAUCCUAGCUGGGGGGGAGGGGGGGGGGAGCUGCUCCAGCACAGCCCUGCCCCCUCCCUCACACCCCUCUCCUCUCCUCCUCACCCCCUCCAUCUGCCUGUCUUUUAUAAGCACCUGCAUGUCUGUCCUGGGGGAGGGGGACAUGAGGUGGGGGGAUGGGGGUAGGAGUGGGGGGGGGGGGGGGGGGGUCCCUGGGCCUGCAGCCCCCUGCCUCACUCUCCUGGCCCUCUCCACCCGUGGUGGGAACCCCUUUUUUUCCACCCCCCCUUACCCCAACACUCUUUUAAGGUUGCUUUGUGGUCACAGUUUGCUGAGCCCAGCAGAGGAGCCCCAGGGGCUGGCAGCUGGUGGGGAAGCAGGGCCCAGGACGGGGCGGGGGGGGGGUGAGAAAAGGGAGGGAAGAGGAGUUCAGCUCCUCAGGGCCCACCGAGGCCCCCCCAAGCCCCCUCCCCGGGCCCCCCCCCCCACCCCGAGCUCCCACAACGGUCAUGGGGUCAAAUUUUGUUAAGCUUCAAUUAUGACUUUUAAAAUAAAAGCUGGAAAAACA